AUGAAAGGUUGUCCAAUAGAGUCUUUAUUGGAAUCGUUAAGAUAUUUGUUACAAGAAUGGUUUGUGAAUCAUAUAAAUGAUGCACGAGCAACCUUCACAAUACUUGCCACCAAGCAAGAGAAAAAACUGAGAGAAAAUUUUGUGGAGUCAAAGAAAAUGAAGGUAUCAACUUUAAGUUCAAUAUUGUACCAAGUUAAUGAUGGUUGUGCCUCAUAUUUGGUGAACAUGGAAGAAAGAACAUACACAUGCAAUCAAUUUCAAGUCGACAGGAUUCCAUGUGCACAUGCACUUGCGGUUAUUGCAAAGAUAAAGGAGGAUUCAUAUUCAUAUUGUUUGGUAUUUUAUAUAACAAAUAUGUAUAUUCAAACAUAUAGUGCAUCAAUUUUUCCACUAGGAAAUUAUAAUGAGUGGAAUGUACCAGAUGAGGUAAGAGCAUGA